UGACUUCACUUCCUACUUCCAUCCCGCCCCCUAAAACCACGUCUUCGUUCUACCCCUUCAAAGACUCGAACGCCUUUGCAUAGAGAGUCUUUCUCUUGAAACUAUCCACGACUUCAAUCCCUCUCUAACACUCCACAAACAACAAACAAAGAAGAAGAAGAGGAAGAAGAAGAAGGAGAAGAAGAAGAAUGGCUUAUGAAGACGAUGAUCCUCCCCCAUCUCUUCAUCUCCCCAGGCCAAUCUCCGAGCCCCAUCUCCGCCUCGACCCCCUCUCCCUCUCCGCCGCCUCUGCCGCCCAUCGCCACGCCUCCUCCACAUCCCACCCCUCGCACGACAUCCCCCUCCCCACCCCUGCCGUCCGCCAUGGCUCCCGCGCCGAGUCCGAGUGCCUCGCCUCCUCCCAGCCCGAGCUCGCCGACGCCGACGCCCGGCUGAUCAUUGUCGGUGACCCCGGGCGCACCGACCCUCACCUCCAGCUCGCCGGCAACGCCGUCCGCACGGCCAAGUACUCCCCCUUCACCUUCCUCCCCCGCAACCUCUUCGAGCAGUUCCACCGCGUCGCUUACGUCUACUUCCUGGUCAUCGCCGUCCUUAACCAGCUCCCCCAGCUCGCCGUCUUCGGCCGGGGCGCCUCCGUCCUCCCCCUUGCCUUCGUUCUCCUUGUCACCGCCGUCAAGGACGCCUACGAGGACUGGCGCCGCCACCGCUCCGACCGCAUCGAGAACAACCGCGCCGCCUCGGUCGUUGAUCCCCGCGACGGCCAGUUCCGGCCCAAGCGCUGGAAGGACGUCCGUGUAGGCGAGGUCCUCAAGGUGUUCGCCGACGAGACCAACCCCUGCGACAUGGUCCUCCUCGCCACCAGUGACCCCACCGGCGUCGCCUACGUCCAAACCAUCAACCUCGACGGCGAGUCCAACCUCAAGACCCGAUACGCCAAGCAGGAGACCACGUCCCGGCCCAUCGGCGACGCGCACCCGUUCGCCGCCGGCCUCAUCCGCUGCGAGCGGCCCAACCGUAACAUCUACGGCUUCCUUGCCAACAUGGAAAUCGACGGGAAGCGGGUUUCUCUCGGCCCGUCCAACAUCAUCCUCCGCGGCUGCGAGCUCAAGAACACGGCGUGGGCGAUAGGCGUCGCGGUGUAUGCCGGCAGCGAAACCAAGGUCAUGUUGAAUAGCUCCGGGGCACCCUCAAAGAGGAGCCGAUUGGAAACCCACAUGAACAGGGAGACGCUGCUUCUGUCCGCCGUUCUGAUCACCCUGUGCUCGGUGGUGUCAAUUUGCAAUGGGAUUUGGUUGGGUAAACAUAAGAAUGAUUUGGAGCUCUCCCAAUUCUUUAGGAAGAGGGAUUAUUCCGAUAGCGACGAGAACUACAACUAUUAUGGUAUCGGGAUGCAGGUGUUCUUUACUUUUCUCAUGUCGGUGAUCGUGUUCCAGAUUAUGAUUCCUAUUUCCCUCUACAUCUCGAUGGAGCUGGCCAGGCUUGGGCAGGCCUAUUUCAUGAUUAGGGAUACUAAUUUGUACGAUGAGAGCUCGAAUUCAAAGUUUCAGUGCAGGGCUCUGAACAUAAAUGAAGACCUUGGGCAGAUAAAGUAUGUUUUCUCAGACAAAACAGGAACUUUGACGGAGAAUAAGAUGGAGUUUCAAUGUGCAAGCAUUCGAGGGAGAGAUUACAGUAAUGGGAAAGUGGCCUUACAGGACAACGGUGGAACACAUUCUGUCUUAGUGGAUGAUCAGAUAUGGAAGCUGAAGAUGUCAGUUAAAACAGAUCCUGAGCUAGUUGCGUUAUUGCGAAGUAAAGUUGAGACCGAGCAAGGAAAGCAAGCUCGUGAAUUCUUCCUUGCCUUGGCAUGCUGCAAUACCAUUGUCCCUCUUGUUGUGGAGACUGCAGACCAAACAAAGAAGUUGAUAGAUUAUCAGGGAGAGUCUCCUGAUGAGCAGGCUCUUGUCUAUGCAGCUGCCUCCUAUGGUUUUGUGCUUAUUGAGCGCACGUCUGGGCACAUAGUCAUUGAUGCCCUUGGGGAUAGACAAAGAUAUGAUGUUUUGGGACUUCAUGAGUUUGAUAGUGACCGGAAGAGGAUGUCAGUUAUAAUUGGUUGUCCUGAUAAGACAGUAAAGCUGUAUGUGAAAGGUGCAGACAUCUCAAUGUUUGGGGUUAUACAAAAAAAUAGAAAUUUGGACAUUAUUCGUGCAACUGAGACAAGUAUCAAUGCCUAUUCAUCUUUGGGUCUGAGGACAUUGGUCAUUGGAAUGCGUAAGUUAAGUAGAAAUGAUUUUGAGGAGUGGCAGUCUGCCUAUGAGAAUGCAAGUACAGAAUUGAUUGGUAGGGGAAGAUUACUACGGGCAGUUGCAUCUAAUGUUGAAAGAGAUCUCCAUAUAUUGGGAGCCUCUGGGAUUGAAGAUAAGCUGCAACAAGGUGUACCAGAAGCCAUAGAAUCCAUAAGACAAGCUGGCAUCAAGGUCUGGGUUUUGACAGGGGAUAAGCAAGAAACUGCCAUUUCCAUUGGCUUUUCUUGUAAGCUUCUAACGAGUGAAAUGACUCAGAUAGUGAUAAACAGCAAUUCCAGAGAGUCUUGUAAAAAGAGCCUGCAAGAUGCAGUUGCCCUGUCCAGCAAACUUGCAGCAAUAUCACCUGAUAGUGAAAAUAUAUUGAGAGGCACAGGAUCUUCUAGGAUUGCCGUAGCUUUGGUAAUUGAUGGCAAUAGCCUUGUCUACAUUUUAGAGACUGAAUUGGAAGAAGAGCUAUUUAAAGUGGUGACAGUAUGUGAUGUUGUAUUGUGCUGCCGUGUGGCUCCACUGCAAAAGGCUGGGAUUGUUGCUCUUAUGAAGAAUCGAACAGAUGAUAUGACCCUGGCAAUUGGAGAUGGUGCAAAUGAUGUCUCGAUGAUCCAAAUGGCUGAUGUUGGGAUUGGCAUAAGCGGUCAAGAGGGAAGGCAAGCUGUAAUGGCCUCUGAUUUUGCCAUGGGACAGUUCAGAUUCUUAGUGCCCCUUUUGUUGGUCCAUGGACAUUGGAAUUACCAAAGGAUGGCCUACAUGAUCUUGUACAACUUCUACAGGAAUGCCGUGUUUGUCUUCAUCCUAUUCUGGUAUGUGCUCUACACUGCCUAUAGCUUGACAACUGCAAUAUCCGAAUGGAGCAGUGUUCUAUAUUCUGUGAUUUACACUGCUUUGCCAACCAUUGUUGUCGGAAUACUUGACAAGGAUCUUAGCAGGAGGACAUUGAUAAAGUACCCUCAACUCUAUAGGGCAGGGCAGAGGGAUGAAAGAUACAACCUAAAGUUGUUUAUCCUCACCAUGAUGGACUCCAUUUGGCAAAGCGUUGCUAUAUUCUACAUCCCAUAUCUUGCAUACAGACAGAGUGUUGUUGAUGGAUCCAGCCUGGGAGACUUAUGGACCCUUGCUGUGGUCAUUCUAGUAAACAUUCACCUGGCCAUGGAUGUGUUUCAGUGGAACUGGAUCACCAAUGCAUCGAUAUGGGGCUGCAUUGUUGCAACAGUAAUAUGUGUCAUCAUCAUAGACUCCAUAUGGAUGCUACCUGGUUACUGGGCUAUCUUCCACAUAAUGGGAACAGGAUUAUUUUGGCUAUGUUUGCUUGGCAUCAUCAUAGCUGGGAUGCUUCCUCGUUUUACAACCAAGGCACUAACCGAGUAUUUCAUGCCUAAUGAUAUUCAAAUUGCAAGAGAACUAGAAAAGUAUCAGAACAUAAAUGCAGCCACCACAUCAGAAAUUCCAAUGAGCACACUGUCACAACCCUUGUGACAGUUCACCCUUUUGAUUUUUUGUUCGUUCAACUUCUCUUUUUCUUUUCAUGUGUAUAUUACUCUAUUCUUUCAGCCUGAGAGUCGGAUUUUCGGAUUUUUCACCGAUUGCUAGCGUGUCAAUUAUCCAAAGGGUGUACUUAUUUUCACAAAAUUCAAAUUAAAUCAAAUUGGCAUUGUACAAGAUAGUGCAACCCCACAACCCAAUCACUCUUUCCAAAUAGAGUACUGUUAUCGAGUUGUUUCUGGUAGCAAUUUGAGGUUAAAUAUACGACUAUAGUUACAAUGGUACCUUUGUACAUGUAUAAUUCUUUGGAAGCUUGAAUCUAU